AUGCGAGCACUGCUACUGCGAGAUGGGUUGGUCACACCGGAUCUGGUGGAUCGUUGCAUUCGCCUGUAUGCCAAAGACAGGCUCCUCCAGAGGAGUCAGAUACUCCAUUCGCUCGACGACACCAUUUGGGUAGACCUUGGUCGCCAAGCGCCGACGUACCAUCUUUUAUUAGGACAGGACGAGCUCUAUCGGUUCGAGCUGGCCCGCGUUUUCUACGAUUCACGCUCAGGCAAGGUGACCGCGCCAUAUACCGGGAGUGCCUUCUGCCGAUUCGAGCGGACAGACGACAAGCCGCCCAGGCUCAGUUUGCGGAUCCUCAAGAUUUUGGAGCCGGUGAAGUGCGUCGAUCCCUCUUACGACGGUUGGGUUUCUAUGCCCAGAGAAGGCGAACUGCAUGUACGUGACCAUCAGGUGUGGACUGUCGACCUGGCGGCGAAGUCAGCCCCGCUGGCUGCAGUUCGACGGGCGUUGCAAGUGGAACGGGAAGCGUAG